GUCAGAAGUGAUGCUACUGCUAGGCGCUCCCUACGCGGAGCGAUAAUUUUCCGUUUUCUGUGCGUUUCUGUUCUGCACCAUGGUGAAACGACCUUCAAAGCACUAGAGAUUGCAGCUUUGACCAAGAAUUGUCCGUAGAACACUCAGAACUACCUUCUGCACUGGCUAUCUAGGAUCUGCUAGGUUGUUGAAUUACCCGCUUGUACGACGUCGGGCGACGGGCGUUGUACUUCAUCACCAUUAUAGCAGUGCCACCGUAGGCGAGCAGUGUAAAAAGUGCGAUCAAAAUUGCAGUAAAAUAACAACACCGACAUCACCGCUCCGUGGACCAGGACUAGGUGAGGCAGUGGGUGAGCAGUGCAAUAGUGAAAGCGACCGGGCAGCAGUGGCCUGCAGGGGUGUGUGUGGGGGUGUACGGUGUUCGGUGCCGACCAGACGUCCAGCGGUGCAGGGGAGUUCAUCAAACCUGCAGGGGUGGUGAUCGAGGGAAGAAAAAAACGCGGAGUCCUGCGACAGGACAAUCCAAUUCGUCAAUAUAAAAAUCCAAAAACGACCGCAAUCUACCAUAUUGUGCGAACAGAAGUGGUGUACCGCGUUCGGGACCUGCUGCAUCAUCGUCCGCCUUUGCUUGCGAGGUGUGAAGCAUCGCCCCAAAAGGGACAAGUUGCAGCGAAGAAUAUUUCCUCCGUCUCAUUUCGUGGACCCGCGAGCAUCGAUUUGUCUACGAACGGAAAGAUGACGGAGUACAAACUAGUAGUAGUAGGCGCCGGAGGCGUUGGCAAGUCGGCACUGACUAUACAACUUAUUCAGAAUCACUUCGUAGACGAGUACGAUCCAACAAUUGAGGAUUCCUACCGGAAGCAAGUAGUUAUAGACGGCGAAACGUGUUUGCUCGACAUUCUGGACACGGCAGGACAGGAGGAGUAUUCCGCAAUGCGCGAUCAGUAUAUGCGAACGGGUGAAGGAUUUCUUUUAGUAUUCGCUGUCAACAGUGCCAAAAGUUUCGAAGACAUAGGAACCUACCGAGAACAAAUUAAACGCGUUAAAGAUGCUGAAGAAGUGCCGAUGGUGCUAGUGGGCAACAAGUGCGACCUGCAGGCGUGGGCGGUUGACAUGAAUCAGGCGAGAGAUGUGGCAAAACAGUAUGGCGUUCCAUUUGUAGAGACCUCUGCCAAAACAAGGAUGGGUGUCGAUGACGCAUUCUACACCCUAGUUCGCGAAAUUCGCAAGGACAAGGAGAGAGGGAAAAAGAACCGGAAGCACCACAAGCUGGUCUCGAGCAGACGAUUCAAGUGUCAGUUGCUAUAAAGCUGCCUACAUAAGGGAAACCGAUCAUCUAAACCACCAACCAACGUACAGCACAAAAAAAAAAAAACAGAAGCAGAAAACUCCGAAACAGAGAUGUCCAGAUACACAAACACACCGAAACGCACGCACAUGCGGGAUGUUUACUCCCAAAAUUGAGCAGUUUUCAACGAAAUCGCCACCAGCCUGGGGAAGAGAGCCAUCAUAGUGGAUUGUGAAUAUCGUAUUCGCCGCUCGGUGUCCAUCGCCAGCAGGUCACGGUUCGACCGACACACGGGGUGGUCGCCUGUUGCAAUCCCUAAUACCGUACGCUUUUCGUGAAUAUUCAGCUGAACAAUGGGCAAAGCAUAUGGAAAGGGACUCUUAGCUAGAUUAGAUGAAAAAGCAGCGGUGCUUCACUGGUCCUAUGCGUCGUAAAGCGCACAAACCUCCUUAUUUGCAUAUAACCGGUAGCACUGAAUGCCUGGUGGAGGAAGGACUUUGUGGGUGCUAUCAUCCGUUCCACUUUGCAGCAGUGGGUGCAUACCUUCGGAUCACACGACACGAUGACGGUCAAGUAGCAAGAGUGAUCAGUUUCGUCUGCCUAACGGCUAAGCUCUAACAACCAACUCUACCACAAACACCACACACAUCCAUCCUCUUUUCCUUCCCGACAAAUUGGGAGCACAGAAGAAAAUGUCUUUGAAAGCCAAUGCAAACGCAUCGGGACUGUUGGAGCAAAAAACAGUGCAGCAGCACUUCCUGCAAAGGAGAGAGGGAGAGAUCGAAAGCGAUUUGUUCACACAUCCACACGUACACCUGUUUGUAUCUAAUCUUCUUGCUCUACCCAUAAGAGGGAAUAAACGUUUUUCACUCGUCUGCCUGUAAAGAUCUAAUAUAAAGUAAAAUCUACGAACAUUAGGUAAUUUAGAUAACUCUUUUGCUCUUAAAAAACUCACAUGUCUACCUACCAAGAGUGAUAAACGGCUUACGGUGAAUGCUUCAGCGCACAGUUCAUAGGAAAACAAAGAGAGCUAAAGAAAACCGCUCAUGUUUGGUGUGAAAUCCCGGGCGAAAUCCUUCUCGAUCCCUGCACGAUCCAUCGUCGAAGGAUCGCCGAAAUAGGGUGGAGGAGUGGCCGUACGAAAGCAAAACGCAAAAAUGUCGUGCACAACAAAAACGACCAGCACGAGGGCAUUGAGCAUUAGGAAGUAUUUACCUACUAGUACGGAAUAGUCACACAUUGGUAAGCCAACUCUGCUGACGCUCUGGGAAGCGAAAUAUAUAUAUAAAUCUAUAUAUAUAAAAGUAUCGUGCUCCACAUUUUGUCGUAAAAGAAAUGCCAAGGUUCAAAUUACAAACAAGUAAACGUGUUCGAUGCGAUACGUCGGUAGAUAAGUAAGAUUUCUAAAAGAAACUGAAACAGAGGGAUAGGAAGAUGCUGAUAGGGCAAUUGAGCGAUAUAUUAGUAGAGAAUGGCAAAUUGCGAAACUAUCCGUGAAUAACCAGAUAUCUUAUUAGUUUUAAAAUUAUAUGAAAAUGAACGUAAAAAAGAAGAAAAAAAAACUUGACCCUUA